GCUAUAGACUUCGAUCUGUUGGAGUACAAUGAAGAUGCCCGAACUGCUUGUCUUCGUGUCGCCAGCAGGGAUGUAGGGAAGUUGUGGAGCUCCUUGACUCUACUCGGCUUCUACCAGAACCAACCCUGUGCUUUCAGAGUCCUGCAGGUGUCUCCAGACCUGCUGUACAAGUCGCCCCAACAGUGCUGAUCUGCAGCAUGAUGAACUGCAUCUGCAGUAAAGUCUUGAACAAGUCAAAACUCUGUUUUGUAGCCGCCUCGACUCGUCCUGUUGCUCGGCUGCUCCAUGUUGGCCAGCGAGCUUCUCUCACCAAAGCUUUCUCGUCUCGUGAUGUGGAGGUCUUCGCCGAGCUGACGGGCGACACAAAUCCGCUUCAUCUUGACCCAGACUAUGCUAGAACCACCUCAUUUGAGACUCCCAUUGUGCACGGUGUCCUCAUUAAUGGCUUAAUCUCAGCUGUGCUCGGGACCAAAAUGCCAGGUCGUGGCUCUGUCUUCUUGUACCAAGAGAUCCGCUUCCCUGCACCGCUCUACGUCAACGAGGAAGUCCUGGCUGAAGCGGAAGUCCGCAAGAUAAAAAUGUCAUUUGCCUUUAUCGCCGUGACGUGUUCGGUGAAGGACAAGGUUGUGAUGGAGGGUGAGGUGAUGGUGAUGAUGCCCGAGGAGCAGCAGAGGAAGUGACUUGACAGCUUUUGCUAAGAUCAUGUGAGGAUACAUGGAGUCAUUGCACUUAAUUAACAUAACAAAAAAUUGUCUUACUUCAAUCACAAAAUUGUGGUAGGCAAUAUGCUGUGUUUAUUUUUUUCCUGAAAUAAAAACAGUGCUGAGUUCACCCAAAUGUCUUUGAAGUAGCUCGGUAAAUGUAUGUACAAUAUUUUUAACAAGUUUCAA